AGCUGCAGUGUGUGAGAGCCGAAAUGCCCCAGUGGAGGGCAGCAGCGGUUCCCACAAUGAGGAGUGAAGGUGGCGGAACAGCGGGGCACUUGAUCCAGAAGCCGUGCUGCUCUUUACACACUGCAGCAGGAAGAGAUGAUGUAGCUUUCUCUCUCAGGACUCCUGGAGCUCCAGGACUGCUGUGAUUUUAGGGGGUUAUUUUUGUGACCAAAGCUGUAUGUUAGACUGAUUCAUGGUUACAUGAGUUACUGGUGUUGUUUUCAGGUCUAUAGAUAAAUAAAAUAGCUAGAUAGAUGAGUCUGAGCCUAGUCUGUUAGCUGGAGAAAAGAACCUAUUUGCUAGUUAUUUAUCUGUAGCUAAUGUUAAAGCUAAUACUUAGGUGGUAACUCUGGUUAAGAACUCUGUUACUUCUUUAGUUACUGAAUUCUGAAUUGAGUCCCCUGUUGUUAGCUGGAUAUGAACCACUGUAAGACAGCUAACUGUAUAGCUAGUCAGGUUUCUAUCUGCUAAUCUAUCUGUCUAGCUAAUGGGACAUCGUUUAUCUGAAAUAGUGGUUUUAAACGCCAGCUUAUAUAUUUUUUUAACAUAUCUAUUUUAACUAAUUACGGUUAUGUUUUUCUUUUUUUGUUCACGAUAGCUAACUAGCUAAUCGUGCUAUGAUACUGUUGCUAAGGUAACAAGGAAACCAACAUACUUUAUUGCGAUUGAAGUUAUUUACUUAUUUUAUUUAUAUAUCUAUAUAAUAUAUAUAUUUUUUUAUUUCAUGGUGCUUUGCACAGGUACGAGUUCAAUAAGGCUUAAUUACGCAGUUAUAAAAUGUAACAACUAUUUUGCAUUAGCAUUGGUAUUAGCAUUAGCAUUAGCAAACCAACGGAUUUCACGGCACUUCAUCCCGACCAACACCUCCAGUAAACCUGCUGGUUUAAAUCAAUCUGCUGGGUGAUUUAAUACCAUUUAAAUUCAGACCAACAAAGGCAUCAAGAUCUUCAAAUAGAGGCAGCGGUAAGGGCGUGUCCCAACGCUCUAGGCACAGGGAUCAAUUGGCUGGUGGGCGUGGCCGUCGGGCUGGCUCCUCCCCCUCCCGGCGGCAGCGUGCACUCCCAGCCGCCGCCCGCGUGCGCCCCGCGCUCGCCUGGCUUGUGCGCCCGAGCCCAUGCCCCCAGCACCACACGGCCAGUCAGCGCCAUGUGCGUCCCGCACACCAUGGAGACGGGAAAACACCACAAUGCAUCGGACACAGGCCAAGGUCAGGGGCAUGGACAUGGCAGGCACGGUAGAGGGGUGCCACUCGAACCCUUUGUCCACCAGGUCGGUGGCCAUACCAGCAUGAUGCGUUACGAUGACCACACCGUCUGCAAGCCUCUCAUCAGCCGCGAGCAGCGCUUUUAUGAGUCUCUACCUCCUGAGAUGAAGGAGUUUACGCCAGAAUUCAAAGCUCCAGUAACUGAGAUGACAUCACCAAGGAGGGAUCACGGAGCUAAAAAGGCCAUCCAGUGGCUGCGAGUCAGCUGGAUGAUGCAUGGUGUGGUCCUGGUGUGUUUUGAGGGCGACAUGGACGGCUACAUUAACCUGGUGGCGUACCCUUAUGUGGAGAGCGAAGGCUUGGACUAUGAAGAGCUGCCCGAGAGGGACCAACCGCGUCGGAAACACUCGCGUCGCAGCCUGCAUCGCUCCAGCAGUGACCAUAAGGAGGAAAGAGCUGCCCACGAAAGCGACAGCAACGAAAAUUUGCAGGAGCUAAAGAGUCCACGCCUGGACUUGCAGAUUUAUUCUGAUGUGCCCUUCCAGAUGCUGGAUGGUAACAGCGGCCUGAGCGCCGAAAAGAUCAGCCACAACCCUUGGAGCCUACGCUGCCACAAACAGCAACUCAGUCGCAUGCGCUCUGAAUCCAAGGAGAGGAAGCUCUACAAAUUUCUGCUCCUCGAGAACGUAGUACAUCACUUCAGCUGUCCCUGCAUCCUGGACCUGAAGAUGGGCACACGGCAGCACGGCGACGACGCGUCCGAGGAGAAGGCCGCUCGUCAGAUGAAGAAGUGCGAGCAGAGCACCUCCGCUACUCUGGGCGUGCGAGUGUGUGGGAUGCAGGUGUACCAGAUGGCCACAGGCCAUUAUCUGUGCCGCAACAAGUACUACGGCCGAGGUCUGUCUAUCGAAGGCUUCCGCCAGGCGCUCUACCAGUUCUUGCACAACGGUACCAAGCUUCGACAGGACCUUUUCGAGCCCAUCUUAAGCAAACUGCUCACCCUCAAAGCCGUACUCGAGCGUCAGGCCUCCUACCGCUUCUACUCUAGCUCUCUGCUCAUCAUCUACGAAGGCAGGGAACCCGAGCGGGCCGAAGCGUCCUCCGAGAAGGAGAACACCGCAGGGUGCCAGUCUCCACCACAGGACCCACGCCCUGCUCCAAGCAUCGACGUUCGUAUGAUAGACUUUGCUCACAGCACCUUCAAAGGCUUCCGGGACGACCAGACAGUGCACGACGGGCCGGACCGGGGCUACAUGUUCGGACUCGAGAGCCUCGUUAGCAUCCUGGAAGGGAUCCGUGAGGAGAACCAGUAGCCAAAAUGGACCUGUGUGUUUUUGUUACGAACCCGAACCCCACUUCCUCCCUCAUCCUCAGUUCUUUCUGUACUGUCUACAUGGUUGCAGUAACAAUACUGACGUUUCUGUGAACAGUGACACUUUGAGACAUGCUGCAAGCAGGGUGGCACGGCCCUCUGCGUCUUUCAGCCAUCAGCACUCAGAGCACGAGGGUUGUUAUGAAGCUUUUUACUUGGUAAGGCUGGGAGGGAUUGGAGGUGACCUCUGGCUGGGUCUUUACUCGCGCCACCCUACAGAAAUGGACAGAAAUGGCAGGGAUGGCACCGUGAAACAGGAGCUGGGAUCGUUUUGCGUGUCCUGUGGAUUUGUCGCCACCGUGUGGCCAUUUGUGGUUUUGCAGUCUGAUAGGAGGAAGCAGUGACAGCUCAGGGCAAGUCCAGGGUCAGGUCCUCAUCCACAUUGCUGGUUCUAUGGAGGGAGAGAGUGUGUGUGUGUGUGUGUGUGUGCGUGUGCGUGCGUGUGUGGUUGGGUGAGUGCGUGUGUGUGUGUGUGUGUGGAGGAUAGUAAUGUUUGGGGUAUAAAUCCCGACUGCAGUAUUCCUACAGGGGCUCAGAAAAGGGAGCAGAUACGAAAGCUUUACUGUAAAAUAAGGGUGGAAGGCUUAGCAGCCCCCUUAAUAAAAAGGUGAUCACCACCUUGUACGAUAAGUUACCAUCCACAGCCUAGCUGUGCAAACAAAAUCCUGUUUGAGGUCACAUGCUUAUAUAUAUAUAUAUAUUUUUUAAAUAAUAAUAAUAAUAAUAAUAAUGUUAUCAUUUCUGCAGUUAUCCAUUUCACUUAGAGCCAUCAUUGCAUUUUAUUCAUGUUAUUUUUUGCUUUUUCUUUCUCUCUCUCUCUCUCUCUCUCUCUCUCUCUCUCUCUCUCUGUAUUAAAGUAAUUUCUUUUAUGGUUUAUGGUAGUACUGCCAGGUCUAGGCUCGUCUGUGGGACAGUGUGUGUAUCCGUAGACGUCCUCGUUUUCGUUCUCUCGAGUACAUUUUAUGCUAAAAAAGAUCCUUCUUAUCUUUUGCACUGUACUUUUGGAUUGUGCUCUAAGAAGCAUCCAGCAUGGUUCUCGGAUUAACCCUCUUCCCUCCACAUCUUGUCGUUUUAUUCCUGGUUUUAGGACUGUUUCUAAACGAUUCACACAUUCAAACGAGUAAAAAUGUCCCUCAGCACAUGUAGCAACACAAUAGAGAUUCUCUUCCCUUUUUUGCUCGUCGUGUCCCCUCUCCCUUCACCACAUGGUUAGGGUGUAGUGUGUGUAUAGAUGGAACGAUAGCCAUCGUCUUUUUUAGCGAUCAGAGGUUUCUUUUCCCUCUCUGGCACACCACAGACUUCUUUUAUCCAGUUUGUUGUCUCCGUGUAUUCAGAUGCAAUGUCCCAAACAUGCACACUAUCAAUAUUAUCAGUGUAGUAUUGCAGUUCUAUUGUGACCCUCUGCCUUUAUAGAGGCACCGCCUCUUUGUGUUUUAAUCCAGGUGGUCUUCAUUACAGAUUCUAGACCAGGUGAGAUUAUUUGUCUUGUUCUGGAUGUCACCGGAUCGGGCACCAGUUGUGUCCGUCCUGUCCCGUCAGAGUCGGUUCAGAAUGCACUAGGCACUCUUUCUUUCUCUGUUCAUGCACAUCGUCACAAUGUAAAGGGAAAAUGCACAACGAAACUGUUUCAUAAUCAUGUGUCCAGGUGCAAAGCAUAAAUACUGCAAGUGUGAUCCACAUAUCUUGGUAUAUAUAUAUAUAUAUAUAAAUUUAAUAACUGACCGUUUUGCUGUGCAACACUUAAAAAGAGCAGUGAAGGAUAAAAAACCAGAUUUUUAAAAACAGGUCAUGUUUUUGCUCACAAGCAUCUAGAUCAGCUCUCCUACACCUACAGUAUGUGUGUGUGUGUGUGUAAAUACUUAACCAGGGUUCAUGUUUGUCCAGCCUUUUCUGUGUUCGAGAGCUGACCAGGAUAUGAAGGUUUAUAGUGCAAUCAUAAAUCAUCACCUUCCCCCCCACUGCAGGCUGGGUGCGAUUCCUAGCUACUUUAGCUUAACAGAAAGUCUGUUCUGUGCCAGGGCAGGAGGAAGAAAUGCUCACAAGACUAGCGGAAAAAUCGAAAUUGCUGUCUUUCGUGUCAGGAGGAAAAACAAAAAAACUCCUCUGUGGUGGAUGUUCUUAGUCUCUCCAUAGAUGUGAGAUUGUACGAGUAGAAUUAAAAGGAAAUUACUGAAAUAAUUACCCUCCUCACAAAAAAAAAGUAUGUAUUUCUCCCUGUUGUUGCAUGGAUGGAUAUUUUUUUUAAGAAAAAAAAAAGACAUAUUUGAAUGUGAGUUAUAAAUCAUUUAUUUAAGAAAACCUGUUGUUUUUGUCUUAUGUAUUUCGUUGCACUGAUAAACAUGAAAAUGGUUUCA